AUGGAUUCAGUAUGUUGCCAGCAACUGUCAAUGUCCUCACAGCCUAGAGAAUUCACCAUGAAAGAUGAAAUGCUUCACCCCUACGGAGACUGCUGUAGAUGGAUUCAGUACAUUGCCAGCAAACAAGCUAAAUAUGAGGCAAAAAUGUUUGCUCUGUGUGCUGCAAAAACAUUUCAUUGCAGUAAUCUGGAGGUUUAUUGCAGCAUGCAACCAAAAGACAAUAUUGGGUAUCUAAUGCUCCUGAGGACGAGGAACCUUACAACUGGCAGUUGCUACGCAAGCUGCCUCCUUUCUGAAUAUUUGCUGCAGAAGACUAUCAUUUGCAUUGGUACAAUGAUGAAGAACAGACGAAGAAAUUGGAAGUGCAAUUGGAAGAAGAAACACACAAAAUCUGAAAUCGUAAUUGAGUACAACAUGACAAAAGGUGGAGUUGACAUCGUAGCUAAAGUGUGUGCCUGA